AUGAGUACCAACAUUGAGAAUCAUGAAUAUGAUUCUAAUUCCUCUUUAAAUCCUCUGGUGUUGGCGUCUGAUCCCAUUUACCUUGCAGUGUUAAAUGCUGCUAUUGAUCUGAACUUGUUUGAGAUCAUUGGUAAAGGAAGCCCUGAAGGCAUGUCUCCCUCUAAAAUCGCUUCCAAGCUCGAAAAUCCAUAUGCUGGCAUGGCUCGUCGGCUUGACCGAAUGCAAAACUUCAAGCAAGUGAUUCUUGAUGAGGAAGAGGACCUGUUCAAGAAAUUUCAUUGGAUGCCUAUGUAUGAAUAUAUGGAAAUGGAUCCAACUUUCAAAACUAUUUUUCAUGGGCGGUGCAAUGGCUGUUUGUCAACCAUGAUGAUGAAGUAUGUACUUGAGACAUACAAAGGAUUUGAGGGAAUAACACUUGUUGAUGUGGGUGGUGGCAUUGGCCAAAGCCUCAAAAUGGUCAUUUCCAAGUAUCCUUCAAUUCAGGCAUUACUUUGA